UGGCGACUAUUGUUAUCAACGAUCGUAAAUCAGCCAGUAACUCCCCUGACCUUUGUUUUUGCCCUAUCAACCGUAACACCGUAUGGUUUGGUCAACAGAAAAACUUCGCAAAGCAGGUGUUUUUACAGCGACGUGGUUUUCAAAUCAACCUCGGUUUUCAAAGUUUUCAGUGUUCAGCGUUACAAUUUAACGAGAAACCAAUGAGUUCAGAAAAUAACAAGGAUCAUACUGUCAGCAACAGUGGGGGAAACGCAGGACAAUACAUGCCUCAGGUUUUUAUGGUUCCAUACUACGCCCCACAUCCCGGCUAUGGAGGCUUUUCCCAGGGGCAACAGCAUCAGCCACCACCAAUGAUUGGGCAAGUACCUGCAGGUAUGCAUCCGAGCCCGAUGCCAAUGCCUGCAAUUUCGCCAAUGCCGGUGGCCCAUGCUGCGAUUCAAAAUGGAGUCCGCAACAUAGUCAACCCCACCGGGACUCAAUCACCAAAACAAAAUACUAAUGACGUCACAUCGAACAACAGAGAGAACCUGAAUACACCCAGCAAUGUAAUGCCAUCGCAGUUUCAGAUUCCACGUGCGUCGUGGAGCUAUCUUGAAGAAGACCUCCUCGUAAAAACAUACGGACAACAUACUUUGGGAAAGCAUUUUAGAAAAAUGAACAAAAAGAUCUGGGAGUCGAUUGCUGAUCAGCUGUACAAUGAAAGCAAGAAGAAAUUACCCCAAGCUUCGAUGAAGUCUUGGAUGCAAUGUAAAGACAAAUGGAACAACAUGAUUAAGAAGCACAAGUAUAACAAAUGCGAUCAUCCUGAGAGGGCAGCCUUGUUUGAAGCCAUUGAGAAGGUAUUAAAGAACGAGGAUAGCAGCGAUUUGCCGAUGAAUGUUGAACAGGAAGGGAAUCAUCUGACCUGUGAUGAUGAAGAUGCAAGCAUAUUUGUAGGCCAAAAAGAGCACGUGGGUAGGCAAGAUGAGGCACAGAUUGACCCGAAUAGGCAGACGCGAAACGAUCUAGGACAAGAUUCUGCAAAAGAAACUGCCACGAAUAUCGAGGCAGAAAUUGUAACUUACAAACACGCUGUUGAAACAGGGCCUUCGAGAAAUGAAGACAAAAACAAAACUCCUGACAAUUACAUUGACUGUUACUCUGUACCGUCGCAGGCUUCAACUGGAUACCGAAAGCGACAACUUGACGAAAAUCAUGAUUAUGAUAAUGACGAAAAUGGAGAAGGUAGACAGAAGCGGUCAAGGGUGGCUGGGUCUACAGAAACUGUAAAUGAGAAGCUGUGUCAAAUUCUCACGAAGCAAACAGAGCUACUCAGUGAAAUGCACACGCAACACUGCGAGUUGCUAGAGCAAGUAAGAAUGUCUGAAGAAAACACACGAAUGAUGGUUGUUGAGGCAAUCAAAGAGUUAGGGACAAUUCUAAACAGAUUAAUAAAAGUAGAAAACUUUUGAUGUUAGCAUGGUGCCAAGUCAUCUUUUGCUCAGUCCCUUAUGAUAGAUAAAUUUUACGUUUGUGUUUACAGAGAGGCUAACGGGUGCCUUCAUUAAAACAAGAUAAUAUAUGAAAUGAUUUAGCUAAUGAAAUAAGCUGAUUUAUAUAUGUCAAAUGUAUAAGCCAAAUCACACUGUAUAUUUUUAACCAAAACCGUGAUGCAGAGUGCUGAAAUAUACUAUUACAGAGGAUUUUAUGCUGAUGGAAUAUUGGAGGAAUUUUUUACAGCGGACGGAGCAGUGAUUCUUGUUCUAUCAUACACAAAAUCAAAACACAUACACUUACAAGUUACUUUACUUUCAUAAUUUAAAAUCAUAAAAAAGAAGUCACUUUUCUUUCUUAAUUUCAUCAUGUUAGAUGAGAUGAGAUUAAGCCAAUAACAUCCAAAACCAUUCAAAGCUUGGUCGCAACUUCUGCGGUAGACAAGCAUCCUCGUUUCUCAGUUAGACAGUUCUGUCGUUGAUGCAAAAAACACUAAGCAUUGCAGUCACAGCUUUUUGUCUCAGAAUAAAUCUAAGUUCUGUCCAAUCAAAAUCAGGUUCCGUGCAGGUCACUUCGUCUUAUUCUAUG